CGUACGUCAUUAGUCACAUGUCCCUGCUGUAGGAGAGUGGAGGAGGGGCCGGCACGUGUAACUACCAGAGGUGGGGGAUAUCUAAAGGCCGUCGAUUUCUCCGGUUUUCUCCGCCCUUUUUUCAUACAUAUACUCAGCAGCCAAUCGUAUUUGCAGCUAAGACCAGAGCAAUUUCAGUAGACAAAAUCGCACGGACCUUUGGUCAGAGACUCAGACAGUGUUGCGGGCCUCACCAUGGCGACCACGCCGGGACUACCGUUGGACGGCCUCGCGCCGACGGGAAGAGGUGUGACCGCCGCCGACACGCUCGACGACGCCUUCGCCUCCAAGCUGUCGAGGGAAGCCGACAUCGUCAUCGGCGUGUAUCUGCUACUCAUAGGUACCGGCUCCAUCCUGGGAAACGGGCGGGUGCUGUGGCUCUCCUACCGGAACUGGGCGAAGCUGCGGCCGGUGGAGCUGUUCGUGGUGAGCCUGGCGGUGACGGACGUGGGCAUCUCGGUCUUCGGCUACCCGUUCGCCGCCAGCUCCAGCUUGCUGGGCCGCUGGUCCUUCGGGUCUGCCGGAUGUACCUGGUACGGCUUCACGGGUUUUUUCUUCGGCCUAACCAGCAUCGCCAACAUGGCGCUCAUGAGCAUCAUGCGCUUCAUGAUUGUCUACAAGGGAUAUCCAGGUCCGUACCCAUCCCGCCGGGCCACCUCCGCCCUUAUCGCCGCUGCGUGGCUGUACGGGCUCUUCUGGGCAUGCGCACCCCUGGCAGGCUGGAGUCAGUACCAUGUGGAACCGUUCGGCCUGUCCUGCACCGUGGACUGGGGCAGCUUCAGCCGGGACGCCGGCGGCAUGUCCUUCAUCAUCUGUCUGCUCGUCUUCUGCGUCGCCAUCCCUGUCACCGCCAUCAUGGCGUCAUACGUCGCCAUCUCAGCGAUCUACAGACAGGCCAAGAAGAGCAUAGCAGGCCAUCUGCAGGACAACUCCGCCAUGUGCAAGAAAAGGAACAAAUUGGAGAGAUCAAUCACACUGAUGGCGUUGGCUGUGUGCGGCGGAUUCCUGCUUGCCUGGCUUCCCUACGCAGUGGUGGGGCUGUGGUCCGCUGUAGCUGGGGUAGAUGCAGUACCACUCGCCCUCGCUAGUGCGGCGCCCCUGUUCGCGAAGAGCAGCAGUCUGUGGAACCCCAUCAUCUACUUGGGAAUGAACGAUCGUUUCAGGUUGAACAUGUGCGCUUGCUUUGCUAAGACGUCUCGGAGCCAGACCACAGUGUAUGCGCAGCAGCCGAGGAUACCCAUCCCCCUGAGUCCCAGGGACCCGCUAGACAACAACCCUCCCGUGGCACCGGGACCUGCGCUGGACAGCAGACUCCAUACAUCCCACAUCCAAUAGACCAAGGACAGGCGGACACGUCAUGGAACACGUGGGCUCGAGCAGGAGACGUCAUAGAACGUCUGCUUCUACCCUGCUGAAACGUCGUGGAACAUCCGGGUUCUACUGCGAAAUCUCAGACAGCAUCCGGGUUCCGCAAUGAAACAUGACCAUAGAACUGAUGUAUUUAUUCUCCCACUCAUUAAGAUUCACGAAGAGAGCUCUAAGGGGUGUCAGCAACAGUAUUAGUAUAUCCUUUACAAGGCCGGCAACUACAGAGUGCAGUUUAAGCAAAUCAUAUGAAAUCUGCGAAUGAUGGAUUUGAAGUUAUAGUUAUGGUCGACUGAUACUUCUAAUUGACUUAAAAGUCAUAACUGUAGGCCAUACACCAGUGAUGGUGCAGGCGCCUAGGUGUUUAGUUGGUGUUAUCGAAAAUGGUUUCAAACUGAAAACUCUUAAAUCCAUUUUGUAGGAAAAUUGGCGGAGUUGACGCGAAUUCCACAGUAAUUUAGAUUAAGACAUCAUGACUUGUUUACCUAAAUCGUUCAUACUUGGGUGUAAGCGCAACCCUUUUGUGAAUAGUUCUGAACGUCAGAAGUGAGGAUAUUUUGGAUAGGAAGUGUAUGUUUUCAAUAAACCCUGUCGAAAUGACAAUUUUGAUAUACACAUCCCGUCUACACUGUUAAGGUACGUGUCAAGAUCCUGAAAUUUACAUCAAUGAGUUUAUGACACCUUACCUUCUUAAUCCAUUAGUGUUUUCGUAUUUGAAAAAGAAAACAUUGCGUUUUUGACAGACAAGUAUGUGUUGUAUAUAUGUUGUGUCCGAAUAAUGUAUAAAUAGACCCUAGCGGAAGAAACUUAUCACAGCCUUAUGUCCCACAUGGGAUGAAGAGGAUAAGUAAGUAACGAAUAAUGUAUGUAGACAGUAAACAUCGUUGUCAAUAAAAAAAGGUUUUGUGUAAGGAUCUUGUUCUUAUAUCAAAAUAUGACUUUAGUAACUGUCAGUUGUUUUAAAGUUUGUUUUGUUGGCACCUGUAUGAUCUUUGAAGAAGAAAUGUGCCUAUUUUAGUCACAUGACUGCCAUGUUAUGACGUCACAGAAUCCUGACUUAUCUACCUGAAGUAUAUAUAUAUGUAGAAUAAAAGAAAUAAAAUUGAUUUUUGAAACAAAAA